AUGAAGGCUUUGGUACUUGUCCUGCUUUUCGCAAUAUGCAGCUGUGAAAAUUCCACCUAUACUACAAAAUAUGACGAAGUAAAUUUAGAUGAAGUCUUAUCCAGCGAGAGACUUCUCAAUGGCUACGUAAACUGUCUAUUAGAUAUAGGACCGUGUACACCUGACGCCAAAGAAUUAAGGAAAAAUCUUCCUGACGCCAUCGAAAAUGAUUGUAAAAAAUGCAGCAUCAGACAACGUGAAGGGGCGGAUAGAGUGAUGGAAUACAUUAUAGACAAUAGGCCGAAUGACUGGGCUAAGUUGGAAGAAAAAUUCAAUCCCGACGGCAGUUACCGACUUCAAUACUUGGCUAAGAAAAAUCAGAACCCAAUAGAAUCUUCACAGUAA